AUGGGUCUCCCUCUGCCCUGGCUCUCUCAUUACUGCUAUGGGUUCCUGCUGUCCCGGAUCAUGGCCCUCCACAUCUCUCGUAGGGCCUGCUCCCAGAAUGCUGGGCCACCUAUAGAAGAAUUAGCUACAGAAGAGACCAGGAAGACUCUAUUCCCAAAAAGGGGUCCAGGCCACAGAACAGCUGAGCUGGCCCAGGCAGAAGAACUGCUGGAGCAACAACUAGAGCUAUAUCAAGCCCUGCUGGAAGGGCAAGAAGGGGCAUGGGAAGCUCAAGCCCUUGUACUCAAGAUCCAGAAGCUCAAGGAGCAGAUGAGGCGGCACCGAGACAGCCUGAGAGGUGAUGCUUGAGGGGACCCAUCCUUACCUUCUUUCACUGGCUGAAUCCAAACACUUCUAAGAACCCUUUUGUCCCAGGAUCCUAUCUUGUUCCCUCUCCUUUUCUGGAGGAGAGAGAACAUCCAAUGAGGGGAAACAGGAAUGCUCUCCUUCUAAGUAGGGUCAAGAAAUGGGAAGGGGUACUCAAGGGAAGCCCAGUCCUUCCUCAUUCUAAUAAUUGAAUCCCCUCACAAUGAUCCUAUUUCCAGUCCCCUAAGAUGACUUCCAUUCUUUGCUCAAGGCUGAAGAGAAGAAAAAAACACCAUCCACUGCCAUCCCUCAAAUAAAGGAACAAAACCCUCAGA